CACGCUGCCCCCCCCCCCUCCAAGACCUUAAAGGUUGGGGGUAACAUAGAGUAGAAAGAGGAGGAGGAGGGGUCGUCUGGACGCUAUGAUGAGGGAUUUGAUACACAAACUGUCUCAGACAGAAGUAAGGGUCAGACCAACAGACUGCCUGAGGUGGAUGUACAGUAGGAGAGUCGUCAUGGCCCCUCGGUGGAGGUGUGAUUAGUUCAGCAGCAGCUCGGGGAGGUACGACUGAGAGAAGGAGACCUGGUCUGAGUUUGGUGUCUUCUGAGUGCCCUGGACAAGAGUGAAGAGUCACAAAGAGAUCAAGUAAGUCAAAAAACACUGAGAAGACAAGAUUGAGAAAGAUGGAUAAUCAAGACAAGGGAGGAGACACAGGAGGAAGAGGAGGUGGAGCGCAAACAGGAGACAAACAGAAAGCUGAGGAAGUCGGUGAUGAAGACAAGCGUACAAAAGACAAAAACAACAAGCUGGAGAAGGAGGGCAGUGAGAAGGAGCCGGGCAGGGAGGCAAAGGAGGAGGACCGCCGCCUCCCGUGGAGGAACGGCUGGGCUCUGACUGAACGCCUGGCUAUCAAUGUUUCAGGGAUGCGCUACGAGACACAGCUCCGCACCCUCGCUCAGUUUCCAGACUCUCUGCUGGGCGACCCAAAGCGUCGCAUUCGCUACUUCGACCCCCUGCGGAACGAGCUCUUCCUGGACAGAAGCCGAGUCUGCUUCGACGCCAUCCUGUACUUCUACCAGUCUGGCGGGAGGCUGAGGAGGCCUGCCAAUGUCCCCCUCGACAUGUUCCUCUCCGAGCUGCGCUUCUACGAGCUCGGAGAGGAGAUCAUCGACCAUUACAAAGAGGAUGAAGGCUUCGCUAAGGAGGAGGAGAGGCCCUUACCCACCAAUGAUUUGCAGCGUCGCCUCUGGAUGCUGUUUGAGUACCCAGAGUCUUCUGGAGGAGCUCGGAUCAUUGCCAUCAUAAGCGUCUUGGUCAUUGUGAUCUCAAUUCUCAUCUUCUGCCUGGAGACUCUGCCUGAGUUCAGGAAUGAGAAGGAAGUGAGGGAGCAAUUCACCACCAUGCCUCACCCGACCCAUCCGAAUGAAACCAUCUCGGUCCCACCUGGCUUCACUUUCUUUCAGGACCCCUUCUUCAUUGUGGAGACAAUCUGCAUCUGCUGGUUCUCCUUUGAACUCUUUGUGCGCUUUGCCUGCGCUCCGAGCAAGGUGCAUUUCUUCAAAGACGUCAUGAAUACCAUUGACUUCUUCGCAAUCAUUCCUUAUUUUGUCACAAUAGGCACAGAGCUGGCCAAGGACAAAGGCGCACAACCAUCUGUGUCCCUUGCCCUCAUUCGGGUCAUCAGGCUGGUAAGGGUCUUCAGGAUCUUCAAGCUUUCACGUCACUCAAAGGGCCUACAGAUCCUUGGGCAGACGCUGAAAGCUAGCCUCAGAGAGCUUGCCCUGCUCAUCUUCUUCCUCUUCAUUGGAGUUAUACUCUUUUCAAGUGCAGCCUACUUUGCGGAGGUGGACAGUCCUGACACAGCAUUCACCAGCAUCCCCGAGGCUUUCUGGUGGGCAGUGGUAUCCAUGACGACUGUCGGCUAUGGUGACAUGUACCCGGAGACAGUUGGGGGAAAGCUGGUGGGCUCCAUGUGUGCCAUCGCUGGUGUGCUCACCAUCUCAUUGCCAGUACCUGUCAUAGUAUCUAAUUUCAGCUACUUCUACCACAGAGAGACGGAGUGCGAGGAGACGUCGCAGUACAAACAUGUCUCCACAGAACUGUGGGAAAAGGACGGGGAAGAAGAUGGAGAGGAGCACAAUGAGGAAGUAGAGGACGAGAAUCCUGAAUACAUGGGAGAUUAUGCCCUCAUGUAUGGGCAGAACUGCAGGGGUGUCUGCGCACCACUCAACGGGACUCUUCUGACAGGGCUGUGUGUCGGUCAGGCUGUUGGGGAUCAGAGAGGGCUAAACUUCUACCUCAAAGAGCCUCUGGUCACUCAGGUGUGAUCAAAGGCAGGACCGACUGAGUGUUCUCAGAAUUACACUCAAACCUCGCCUCACAUCAGGAAAAGAAGAGUAGAACGAAUGAAAGUUACAAUUAACUGGAGUGACACAAGAUAAGAUAAGAUACUACUUUAUUGGUAGAACACCUAUGUGUGUAAAAACAUUAUCCCUAGUUUGUGCCUUUCUUGUCAAGGUCAUUACUUUUUUCAACUUUUUCAUCAUUAUAUUUGACCCACAGAUAUACAGUAUACAGAAUAUAUUUGUAUGUAUCAAUAAACAAAAUUUAACCAGUCUAUGCACAACUUUGCAGGUGGUUUUUCCACGACUUAUUGCCUGAUUAAAGACGUGUCUUGAAUCCUUGAAGAGAAUGACUGAGGUGCUGCAUACUGAAGUAUCAGUCACUGCAAAUUAUCUGAUCGUGUAAGGGGAAUGGUGGUAUCAUUUACUAUGGAUGUGCACAUGUAGAGUAGCUAAAUGUACAACAAGUGCUGCAGGUGUUGAUGUCUUACUUCUUGUCAGAGUUAUGGCAGAAAUGUGUUGCUGCAAUCUUGAGCUUAAGACGAUUACAAAGAGAUCGCUCAUCGGCUGACAGGGGUGCAGACAGAGUUCAUGUUGUAGAUGUAAAGCUAGCAUGUAUGUUACACAGUCACAUAGUAUCACAGAUACAGCCUGGAAAGACGUAUGGUGAAAGAUGAUAUCAGGCCAGAGAUGGUGUACCUCAGGGCCAGCUGACAUUUCUGGGGUUGUGGUUGUGAGGCCAGACUGUAGUGUCAUUUGACCGAUUCAACACUGUACUCUAGUAGUCCAAGGCGCCCAAAUACUUGAUCAAGCAAGGAAUGCUUUUAGUAGUGUUGCUCCCUAUGUUUGCCAAGUUUGAAAGGGGUCGUUGUAAAUAACUUCUUGACUAUUCGAUUGAAGUGAAAGACUCUCUUAGGGGGUAGGUGGUUAAGUGUUGGUACAAUAUUAAAGAAUAAAACCUUUUUUUUUUCUCUAGACAAAAUUAGCAUCCGUAUCAAUAUCAUACUUCUUUUUUUCAAAGUAAUUUUUAGGCCAUUUUUUUGCCUUUAUUGGAUAGGACGGCUGAGGAGAGACCGUAAUUGCUGGAAGAAGAGAGUGGGUGAUAACAUGCGACAAGGCCCAUGUCGGAUUAAACCCACAGCCUCAGUGAAGAGAAUUAUUCGCUGUUUUUAUAGGGUGCGCAACAUAACCUUUAGGCUAUCUGCUGCCCCAUCAAUCUCGCUUUAUUUGAAUUAGGAAUGAUUGAAAUCCAAGCUUGGGUUAACAAUCGCUGACAAUCUAGCAUUUGCUAAGCCUCACCCUUCUUUAGCUCCACUCUUGGUAGUUGACCCAACGCUUGCUUGUGGGAUUAUAUAUCCCUUCUGUACUGGGAAGGCCUUAGAAACCUUGCUAGGGAUAGGGACCUCUAGGUUGACUUUCUUAGCCUGCUGCCACUACAUAUAGACCCAAGACAAGCAGCAAAAAUGGAUGAAUGACUGUCCAUCUGAAUGCACAUUAUGUUACAGACAGAGGAGAGAGACUAUAGAUGCUAGUGGUAAACGGUAGCAAACCUUUAACAUGUUUAGUAGACAGAUUUGCCAAACAGUGAGCUGUUACAUUUGCAGUAUUUUUCCAUCAGUUGUGAGGAAGCAUCUUAAAUGUUCAAGUGCUUUAUUCAACUGACCAGCUAUUAUGAUAGAAUACUGCUCAUAUGCACUCAGCCAUAUCUUGUGAAAACUAUUUGAGUUUUUAAAGGCUACUAAGAAAGUGUUUGGCAGUAGAGCAAGAGUUUUAUUAAUGUUUUGUUUGACACAUGUAAUAUUCUUAUCACCACUGGAAUCCAUUGUAGAUGUGUUGAAUUCAAGCUAACGUUCGCUGCUUUAUUUCUUAGGAACAAAAAAAUAUCCUUUUUUUUUGUUUACAUGUAAAACCAUUGUUGAUUGUAAGACAAUUGUGUUAAUGUUGUGACUGUUUGGCUGUAGUCAGUCCUGCCUACUCAUGGAACAGAUGGGGCUGUCUUAUGUAUGUAUACUGUAUGUCUUACUUUAAUCACUCAUUUCAAGGAUUUCCAGAUUCCUUCCAGAUGACUUCCCGUUCAGUGACCUGGGAAGAAUGUGAGGUUUUCUCAAAUCUAAACAACUUUCUUUUUAAAGCAUUAUGAUGUGUAGUGUUUGUAGUUUUAUUAGAAGGUCACGUAGACUUCAGACUUUCUUAAACUUUAAAGUCUUAAAAAGCCUUGACUUUGAAUGUGUGCUUACUCUUAAUUUUGUACUUUCUCUUUUUGUUUGUUUAAGAAAGAAAGAAAGAAAGAAAGAAAGAAAGAAAGAAAAAAAGAAAGCUCUCUAUUGCUGCAUUUUCUUGUGUAUUUGCUUGUUUUACUAUUAUCCCUUUUGUUGCAUUUACUGGAUUACUUAAAAAAAAAAUGUACUGUGCUUUUAUGAAGAAGCCCCUAGAGGCAAACUGUGAUUUGGGGCUCUACAAA